AUGGAGACUCUCAAGUCACUGUUUGUGAAGCCGGAUCCGCAGGCACAGAUGCGAAAAUGUAAUGCCAUGAUCCGCCAAAACAUACGCAAGCUCGACCGCGACAUCGCCCAGGUCAAGCAGGUCGAGACAAAGACCAAGAACCUGAUCGUGGCCGCCGACAAGCGCGCCGCCCGCAACCCGGCCCAGGCUGCCCAGGCCCAGAAGGAGGUGCGGGCGUUUGCGCGAGAGCUCGUCCGCGCCCGCAAGACAUCGGCCCGCCUCGUCACGUCCAAGGCCCAGCUGUCGAGCGUACAGAUGCAGGUCAACGAGGCCUUUGCCGUGCGCAAGAUUGAGGGCAGCAUACGGGCCUCGGUCGGUGUUAUGCGCGAGGUCAACUCGCUGGUCCGGCUGCCCGAGCUGGCCGGCACCAUGCAGCAGCUGUCGGUCGAGCUGAUGAAGGCGGGCAUCAUCGAGGAGAUGGUGCAGGAGUCCUUCCCCGAGGCGGACGCCCUGGCAGAGUACGAGGAGGAGGCGGGUGAGGGCGAGGUCGACAAGGUCCUGGGCGAGAUAUUAAAAGACAAGACCGAAUCCACGGGCAAGCUGCCGACGGCACCGGUGUCUCAGGAGCCGAUCCCCGCAAAGGCCCAGGAGGAAGAGGAGGACGAGGAAGAUACGCAGGCCAUGAUGGACCAGAUGCGAAACAGGCUAGAGGCUUUGCGGAGCUGA